CAAAGGACGGAUAUUUUACCAUGAAGUGUAUUCAUUGCAGCAUCAUUGUCGCUUUUCGAAUAGUGUAAAACUAACCUCAAAACGUCAGUUUUAUAUGCAGCUGUAAGAGAUGUUUAAUGCAAUAUACUGAAACCACAAGAUUGUCUUUUUUCUUCUUCUUAUUUUUCCAAGCGAAAGCUUCUAUUCUUUACAUUUUUGUGGAACUUUUUGGAUGCUCGUGGUGAUGGAAAGGAUUAUAUCAUAAAAUCAUCCUCGUAGAAAUGGGAAAAUGGGAGCUGACCAUGGAGCCUGUUCAGGAGUGGGGUGAGGAGCAUGAAGAUGGGGUGGUUUUUGGGAUCACCCUGCGCAGAGAGCCCGUUCAACAGUCAGCCGAGCCCACGGAGGCUUUCGUACAGUACCGAACAUGUAAGAUACGCAGGGUAAAAGCGGCCACACUGGAAAAGCUGGUGUCUCACCUAUUGGAUCCCUGCUGUCAAGAGCAAGAUUACAGCAGGAUACUGCUGUCCACGUAUCGCACCUUCACGAGCACCAACAAACUCAUCGAAAUGCUCUUCCAGAGGAACAAUCUUGUCUCUGCACUUGACAGCAACAAGUACCAUAAAAGUUCUUUGUGGGCUUUGCUUCAGACAUGGUUGGAAGAGUACAGUGAAGAUUUCAGAGAUCCUCCCAUGCAUUCUUCACUACGCCUUAUGUGUUUACAGCUGAGAGGACAUCCCUCUCUUUUCACCGUGGCUAAACGCUAUGAAGCUCUCCUUAAGAAAUUCCAGACUGAAGCUAUUGUGGCAAGUCGAUCGGUUGAUAAUAUGGAAGAACCAGAUGUGGAUCAGGAGGGAAAGAGCUUUGAGUGGGAUUUCAUGGACUUCUCUGUCACAGGUGUUGCAGAACAGCUCACCCGAAUGGACGCUGAACUGUUUAUGAAGGUGGUUCCCUUCCAGUGUCUGGGCUGUGUUUGGUCUCAACGAGACAAAAAGGAGAACCUCUCACCCACUAUUUGGGCCACCAUUUCGCAAUUCAACACGAUCACCAACCAGGUCAUCACCUCUCUGCUUUGCCCCUCGUCUGACCUAUUCCCGUCCUCCUGCCCCACCUCUACAACCACACAAAGAGCCAGAGUGAUUGAAAAAUGGAUACGAGUAGCACAGGGAUGCAGAGAGCUAAAGAACUUUUCCUCUCUUAGGGCUAUUUUGUCAGCCCUUCAAUCUAACCCCAUCUACAGACUAAGGAAGACCUGGGCGGCUGUGAGCAGAGAGGCGAUGUCUAUCUUUGAAAACUUGUGUGAAACUUUCCCAGAUGAGAACUGUGUUCUGACCAGCAGAGAAAACAUUGUGGAUAGCACAGCUGGUGGGACAGUUCCAUACUUAGGGACAUACCUAACAGUACUGACCAUGCUGGACACUGCCUUACCUGACACUGUGGAGGGUGGCCUCAUUAAUUUUGAAAAGAGGAGAAGGGAGUAUGAGAUUUUAAGGCAAAUUCGUCAGCUGCAGUCUUCAUGUUCUAAGUAUGUUUUACCUCAUCAUCCUCACAUUGCUGUCCGGCUCCAGAAUCAGAAACUGCUCUCAGAUCAGGAGAGCUAUGAACUUUCCAGACAGCUGGAAUCUCCUCACGACACAUCUCCAUCAUCCACCAGUGGCUGGAGUCACCGUACUCUCACCAAAAAGCUCUCGUCACUGUUGUCGGGAAACGAGGGUUCCAGGAAGAACGCAGAUCAGAUCAGUGUGUCGUCAUCUGGAUCCAGCAGCUCUGAGAUGGAAGAAAUUUCUGCUUCUCAAUCAUUGUCCAUUUUAACACCGUUCAGCCGGUUCCUGCCUCCUCCUUGCCCAUCCUUAAACCGUUACAUUGGUGCUGAAACCCGGGAGGGAGGAGGGAUGCGCUGUUACGGAGUCCUCGCUGCUGCCAUCUGCCAGGGGAGCAGCCGCGGGCAUCUGCCUGGGGACGGAGGGGUCGCUGCCGGCCACCAAGAGCUGGAGGAACCGCUGCCAUCUGCCGAAGAAUGGGAGGAGCGGUUCUAUCCGCCAGGGGCCGGAGGACUCGAUGCCGUCCGCCAGAGGGCGGAGGAGCGGUUGAGGACCCAGCGACAGCAUGUCUGAGAGCCGGCAAGCAAGUUCAUCUCUCUCUCUCUCUGUGUGUCUUCGCUCACCCUUUCCUUCUCCCCACGCCUCCCCUCGUCUCUUCCCCAGGUUCACAGGAGGCGGUGUGGACCACCGGCUGACAGAAUGGCCAGAAGGGCAGCGUCUCCCCUCCAGAGAUGGGGGGGGGAAGAAGGUCAGUCCGGUGGCACCCCGGCCUGAAUCAUGCAGGGAGGAGUGUGACGGGGAGGAGGGCUUGGCCAGGCCGUGAGACUGCACGGCCGGUGCUGAUUCAGCUGAUCAGUGGGAGAGUGAGAUAAAGGGGAGCCGGAGACUUCAGUUCGAGAGAGAGAGAGAGAGAUGCACGUGGCUGCGUUGCAUGUGUGUCUGUGUAUGAUUAUGUUUGUUUUUUAGUUAAGUUUGACAUUAAAUCUUUAUGUUUACUUUUCAGCCAGUUCCUGCCUCCUCCUUUCCCAUCCUUGGACCGUUACAUUCACAUUGCAAAUGCUUUUAUCCAAUUUGGCUUACAUUGUGUCCUAAUCAAGCAUGAUGCAGUAAUAUUCCAGUGACAAGCAAUUUGUCUGUCCACCCUGGACGUGAAACCAGAGACAUUAUAAGACGGGGCACUCGUAUAGUCACUUAUAAACGGAAGAAAAUGAAUGGAAGUCCUGUCAGGUUUCUUGAGAAUGUGAAAAAUAGCUUUUUUCUUGCGAGAUUUGAACUAAAGAAGCACAAUUUAUGAUACGAUUGUUGACAAAUUUUAAGUUAUAUGCUCAUAAUUUUGACCAACCAUAUAAGAGGUUUUGUUUUUACACAUUAAACAAGACAGGAGCUGUACUUGUGUCCAAAGCUGCCCGGAACACUACAAAUAUGGCAGACGGGUAACCUAAUUUGACUUAAAGCAAAGUCAAGAUUAUGAUCAAAGAACAUAUUUAAAAUCAGCAGUAAAAUCUGACAACACUGGUAACAUAAAUUGUGCUUCUUUACCUCAGAUCACGCAAAAAAAGCUAUUAUUCAAGCUGGUUCAGCUAAUGCACAUGCACGCUCUUGAGUUCACUGACAGGUGAUGUCUGUAUCUAAAAGGUGAUUGGCUCUUUUACCUGUAAGGCGAUACUUCCUGUUCUACAUAAUUUGGGGGAUGGGCGUAACAUUUCUCCCAUUCAUUUUAAUAACAGUGGAUCGUCUUGGGCUAAACAGUCUCUGCUUAAAGGGACUUUGCGUGAAACUGCUGUGUGAUGUGGCGCAAUCUCAGCCAAACAAAAUGUUUUAUGUUUAAUGUACAAUUAGGAGUGGGAUUUUUGGCCCAAUGAGAUUUCACGGUGGGCGUACUUAUCCAGUGCAACGCUGCAGAAAUGGAAACAGAAUAAUCGACAAAAUGUUUGGUUAUCAGUUCAUGUGUUUUUUAUGUCUCAAGAUCAUUAUGAUAUUUUUUAUCACUGUCUAUCAAUGCUCACCUUUAACAAGCUAAAGGUCUUUUACAUACAGUAUAAUACCCUCCAGAUGACAGAACGCCUGUCCUUGACUUUAAUAACGAUAAGCGUUUAUGUCGCUGACGUUACUCAAGCACAGAGUUAGAUUAGCUGUCUUUGUGUUAGGAGUCACAGCCCCUGUAACUCUGCUCAGUGUUCAUGGACGUACAGAUGUCAGCACUCGAAUAUUUCAGAUUCUUAGGAAUUUUCCUCCUAAUCACUGUCAUCAGAUAGCUUGCUGUUGCUGUGACCACAAAUUCAAUAAGCACCAAGGCAGUCACAAGGAGAAUCACACAGAAGACUAGGAAUGGCGUUUAGAUGUUUAUUUCAUUACAGGUGCAAAAUGUGCAAAUAAAUAAGUGUUUAAAAGCAAACAUAAAACCUUAAGAUUACAUAAAAAAAAAAACUGUCUAAAAGCUAGGCUUGUUUUUGGUACUAAGAGCAGUACCUACUCCACUCCCUAGACAAUGGAAGCCGGAGGAUAUUGUGCUCAAGCAGUGCCAGCAACCUUGUCCAUGUGCUCCAAACACCUCCUAGUUACACUUGGCUUAAAUACAGCAUUUUCCUGCCUUUGCCAAUUGGAACAAUCCAUUAUUAUAAAUAAAAUUACCCCUCACCUCCCCAUUCUUAAAUACAACAUCAUUAAAUAAAUACAAGAGAUAAGAACAAGAGAUAAAUGAGAGUUAAAAAUAAAACGGUAACAAUUUACAAUAAGGUUCCAUUCGUUAACAUUAGUUAAUGCAAUAGUUAUCAUUAUGAACAAACAGCAUUUAUUAAUCUUAGUUAAUGUUAGUUAAUAAAAAUUGUUCAGUGUUAGUUCAGAGUGCAUUAACUAAUGAUAACUAAUACAACUUUUGAUUUUAAAAUGUGUUUUAAUUGACAUUAACUAAGAUUAAUAAAUGCAUAGUUCAUUGUUAGUUCAUGUUAACUAAUGUUGUUAACUAAUGUUAACUAAUGGAACCUUAUUGUAAAGUGUUACCAACGAAAUCAAUAACUAGGACAGAUAAAAACAUAUGCACAAUAAAACCCCAAUAAAUACUGAAAAGUUGAGUAAGAUAAUAAAUAAGUCCAUUGAACACUUUAAAAUCCUGCGAUGGAGACCAAUUUGCAGGCUCUCCAUCACAGUCAACAAAAAUCAUGGGACCUUAAAGGUGCACUCAGUCGUUUUUUUCCUCAUUAAAUUUUUUUUUACUUCUAAAGAAAUGAGUAGUAUUUUUGAAACAUAUGUAUAAAAUCAUGACCACUCACGUGAGAUGAAGAAUUCAGUCAUAUCAGUAACUUUAUGAAAGCUGUUUUAUUCUACAUGGAGCAGGGGUGCUCUCAUGGGGGCAGCCAUGUUAGCAUCACAUGACCAGCUGAAUAUUACUCACUUUAUCUCAGUAACUGCCCUGUUGGACACUUUCUUUCAUGGAUUAAAUUAAUUCUGGUUUACUGUGCAUAGUGAAUUUCUACAAUGGUACUGGUAACUGAAAACAACUGUGUUUGAAUGAUGCAGCAUCCAGGCCGCUAGGUGUCAGUGUAAGCCGUACUUCGACGUACUUCACAAAAUGACUGAGUGCAACUUUAAAUGAAACAGCAUAUGAAUAGGUUGAUUAAAUGUUUACAUAUUAAGCUCAUUACACAGCUCUGUACUUCACUUUGAAUGGUUUGCCACUUGAUGUCAGAUUAUAUUUAACAAGUUGAGAACCACUCCUAUAUGCUGUCUUUUGAUUCAUCAGUGUGUUUUCUGCUGGAAAUGGCUCUAAAAAAAGGUGGCAUUCUCUUUUCACAUCUUUCUAGUCUUUGACCAGCUGUGGCCAGUACAUGGCUGAGGCUUUUCCCUCCUCGUCUUCUCCUGACUCCUCCACCAUGUCCAGUUCUUCUUCCGGUUCGCAGCAGGAAAUAAGCAGAAAUCCAUCUUCCUCCUCAGCGUCACCUGACCC